AUGUUCGUUUGCAACGAUGACGGGGACAACAGCAGCCCCGGAAACCACACCGACACCCUCCUACGCCUGCUGAAUGAAGACCUCUCUGGCGAAGGCGAAAAGAUCGGACAAGAGCAACGAACAAACACAACAAUGCUACCGCCAAGUCACGACUUCGACUUGUAUCGGGCGUCGUGCUCCGAUGCAGCGACUCGUUCUUCGGAGCGCUGCGUCGCGAUGAUCGCACAGCUCGACCCUACUCUCCAAAGCCACCUGCUCGAUCAAUUCUGGGACCGAUUCAACGCAGUCAUUCCACUUGUGCACAAGGAGGCCUUCCUGGCCAGUCUCGAGACUCCUACUUUGACCCACUCCAAGUCGCAUUCAGAUGCUGGGUGUGGUGUGAUCGGCGGCCCCUUUUGCUCUCCCGAGUUACAUCUCGCAAUUUUGGCCACGGGUGUCAGUCGUGCAGAUCACCAUCAUACACGCGGACCGGACAUUGCUCGUCUUUUGCUUCCUGGCGGCUGGGAGUCAUCCUUGCACAGACAACUCCGAGAUACGAUUGAUUCUCUGCCUACCGUGGUUGGUCAACAACAACAAUGGAGCAGUGUAUGCCAGGUUCAGGCUACCGCUAUCUUGGCCCAGCUCGAGCUGGAGUCUGGAAGGGAUCAUUCGGCGAGACUUUAUCUAGACUUGGCGUUGCAAAAGAUUGAAGAGCUUCAAAGCACACAAACCCUACUCGACCUGCACAUUUCCGACGAUGAGCUGGUUAUUCAGCGAAUGACCUUGCGAGCUGUAAGAUUUAUCCACAGCAUCUGGACCGUGUUUGAUCAUGGCCCGGGUCUCGACUUUCACGCUUCCGGUAGCGGUUGUCAUACCGUCCAUCUUCCUGCAACUAAACACCUGCGCUCGUCUACUUUUACAUCCAAGCCUAAUGACCUCAAUUCACAAGUUUACAACGCCCAUCUAGAUCUUAUGGGCAUUGCCGACGUAGCUCAAAACCACGCCAUCCCUGAAUCGAUGGUGUCGAACCAUCGGAAGCGGCAUUCGGGUAACAAUGUCAUCUUACAAGACAAAGGAAUGGCCUUUCCUCUGCUGACACAUCUGCACGGCCGGCUUAAAUACUGGUAUGCCAACUUACCGACCCAUUUGAAGCUCGACAAAGCAGCACCAGGCAGACAUUCGGCCACUCCAAGCCUUUUCCUUCUCCACCAGCAGUACCAUUCCCUGAAUAUUCUUCUUUUCCGCCCAGUCAACUCUCCAAAGUCAUUGCGAUCCCCAGUCUACGACACAGAUAGUGUCCUGGCUCGCCAUAAGCUGUUUGCUUCAAUCUCCAACCUCGUAUUGAAUAGUGCGAUACAAAUUUGUAACCUACUCUCCGAGAUGAUGGAACGAUUCGAACUCGGCGCCAUUCCGCCACCCACAGUCCAGCAAGCCGCACUUGCUGCGAGCUCUCUCUUGACCAGCAUACCACAUAUCGAGGACCCAAGUAUGCAUAAAUUAGCUUCUAGUCAACUGGACGUUUUACAAAGAUUCUUCUCUAGCAUGGCCGAUAUCAACGCCCCGGCUGAGAGAUUGGCAAGGUCUCUGCAAGCUCAGAGAAAUCCUCGCGAUGCGACAGGGGUCAGCCCCAUACGAGAUUGCCCUAACAUUCACACUCCAUGCACAUUUGAUGUGUCUGCCGCCUUUCCGGAUAUUGCACCCAAUGUAUGCAACCAUCAAGGUGGAGCCAGUCUCAACUCCAACGAAGCAAUGCUCGAUCAACAUGUCGUCCACCAUUACCACCCAGACAUCAUGAUAUCAGAAUCCCCUUACUAUUCAGAAGGCAACAACUCUCUAUGCAUGGAACAUCCCUCCGCCGACGUUACGGGCUUGGUGGACUCUCCACACGGGAGACCUGGGUUCGGGACAAUCUUGGCCUCGUCGGCAUCUGGGGGAGAAAAACAGAACUCUAACUCAUCCCAGGGACGAGUAGACGUUAAUCUUGGAUACAAGUCCGCAACACCAAUAUCCUCUCACAGUCUACCAAGAAUCGUCAGCGCCUUGACACCACCCCAGAUAGAAAGACCCCUGCCGUCGGAGGAUUCGCACAUGGAGCACUUUCAUUCCCUCUCUCCGAAAGAUGAUCAGACUAUGCUGCCUGUCGAUGGUGCCACAUCGGACGGAUGGGAUGACGGGGAUGCAGUCCGAGUUUCGUGGUCGGAAACAUUCAAGGCACUGGGCGCAGUCAACCGUCGAACAGCCGGGGAGAAGAUGAGUGCGAAUGAGUUUGGCGAUGUCAUGGGCUGUGUCUUCCAACUGUAG